UCCAGGAAAAGCAUGAAGUUGUUCGUUCUGGUGUCUCUAUUCGGGCUCGGACUCGCCCAGCACAACCCUCACACCAAGCAUGGAAGGACAGCCAUCGUCCACCUGUUUGAGUGGCGCUGGGCCGACAUCGCUGCAGAGUGCGAGCGCUUCUUGGGUCCCAAUGGCUUUGGUGGAGUUCAGAUCUCUCCUCCAAAUGAACACAUAGUGCUGAACAAUCCCUGGAGGCCCUGGUGGCAGCGAUACCAGCCAAUCAGCUACAACCUGUGCUCCAGAUCUGGCAGUGAGAGCGAGUUGAGAGACAUGAUCACCAGAUGCAACAACGUUGGGGUCAACAUCUAUGUGGACGCUGUCAUCAACCACAUGUGUGGAGCCGGGGGUGGAGAGGGAACCCACUCUUCAUGUGGAAGCUGGUUCAACGCCGGCAGAAAGGACUUCCCCAGUGUCCCCUAUACCCACUGGGACUUCAACGACAACAAAUGCAGGACUGGAAGUGGCAAUAUUGAGAACUAUGGCGAUGCCAAUCAGGUACGUGACUGUCGCCUGGUUGGUCUGUUGGACCUCGCCCUGGAGAAGGAUUACGUUAGGGGCAAGGUGGCCGACUUCAUGAACAAGCUGAUCGAUAUGGGUGUGGCCGGAUUCAGAGUGGACGCCUGCAAGCACAUGUGGCCUGGUGACCUGGCUGCCAUCUAUGGUCGUCUGCAUAACCUCAACACCAAGUGGUUCCCUGGUGGCUCCAGACCCUUCAUCUUCCAGGAGGUUAUUGAUCUGGGAGGUGAGCCCAUUACAUCCAGAGAGUACUUCCAUCUGGGAAGGGUAACCGAGUUCAAAUAUGGUGCCAAACUGGGAACUGUCUUCAGAAAAUGGAACGGCGAGAAGCUGUCUUACACAAAGAACUGGGGAGAGGGUUGGGGUUUCAUGCCCAAUGGCGAUGCGCUUGUCUUCGUUGACAACCAUGACAACCAGAGGGGCCAUGGUGCUGGUGGUGCAUCCAUUGUUACCUUCUGGGACUCCAGGCUCUACAAGAUGGCUGUUGGCUACAUGCUGGCCCACCCUUAUGGAGUAACCAGGGUGAUGUCUAGCUUCCGCUGGAACCGCCACAUUGUGAAUGGAAAGGAUCAAAAUGACUGGAUGGGCCCUCCCAGCCAUGGUGAUGGAUCCACCAAGUCUGUUCCCAUCAACGCUGACCAGACUUGUGGAGACGGAUGGGUGUGCGAGCACAGAUGGCGCCAGAUCAAGAACAUGGUCAUUUUCCGUAACGUGGUCAAUGGACAGCCUCACUCCAACUGGUGGGACAACAAUAGCAACCAGGUUGCCUUUGGACGUGGUAAUCGUGGUUUCAUCGUCUUUAACAAUGAUGACUGGGACCUGGAUGUGACCCUGAACACCGGCAUGCCCGGUGGCACCUACUGUGAUGUCAUUUCUGGCCAGAAGGAAGGAAACAGAUGCACUGGGAAGCAGAUCCAUGUGGGCGGCGAUGGCCGUGCCCACUUCAGGAUCAGCAACAGAGAUGAGGACCCCUUCGUUGCUAUUCAUGCCGAAUCCAAAAUGUAAAGACAUCUUGUGCAACUUUAAAUAAAUCUUAUUU